AUGUUUGCUUUUGUGACCAAGAUGAAUUAUGACGCAGAAAGGGCUAUGAACCAAAAGCGGCUACGGAUGGAGGGUGAGCCUGGGCACGGCGUCGUUCAAGGGAACGGAUUGCCGCUCAAUUACAUAGAUAAUGGGCAUCAGAUUCCGUACCAGCCGUACGCCGGUGCCUACAACACGCACUAUCCUCCCCCCGACGCGUUUGCCGCUUACGGGCCGCCGCCGCCGGGGGGCUACGCUCCACAAAACCUCUCGUACGCGCCGCCCGCCCACCAAAACUACGCCCAUCAUCAGACGUUCCCUCAACAACCUUCACAGGCGCAGCUUCACAUGGCACAAUCACAUAUGGUUCAAGGGUAUGGAGAUGUUGUGCACAAGCCGGCAUGGCCACCACAGCCCCACCUGCUGCCGUUGGACAAGCCCCUUGAUAUCAAGCAGCUCAAACCGGAGAUCAAAGUUGAACCAACUGACCCACAGAAGAGACAGCAUCCAGAAAACGAGAUGAUGGUGGGUGAUUUAGAUCAACCGAAAAUCAAAAUUAAAACGGACAUUUUCAAACCUGAUGACCUACAUAGACCCGGUAUGGAGAAACCACAUGAUCUUUGUCAGCCAGUUAGAAUCGAAGCCGAUAAAGCGCACGUAUUUCCGGAGGCUGGUAAAGCGGAAGCAGUCCUAGAAGUGGGAAAGGAAAUGGUACGACCUGUAGAACUACCCGGAGCUCCUUCUGAGAAAAGUGAAGACGACAGGAAGCCUUUCAGUAGUCCGGAGGCGAAACCUGGACUCACUCCCGGGAAAAUAACGACCCCUGGAUUAGAGCCCAAAAAGCGCGGUCGUCCGAAAGGGUCAACAAACAAGCCGAAGCCCCCCGGCGCUAGGCCUCCGGGCCCGCGGGGCGCCGCCCCUGUUCCUCGAGCCCCCGCGCCUCGACCUCGCCUGCCCUCCUACCAGUACGCUGUCAGGCCGUUCAGAAAGGACUUCUCUGGGAUACAGUUUAGGAGGCGAUGGAGCGAUGACUGCCUGGAUUCAUCCCACAUUCCCAACGAGGUUUACUUCGGCGACGUCCCAGUUCCUCUGUCAGUGUUGUACAACUAUUACGACGCUAACGCUGAGAGGGAGAGGCUGGCCAGUCAGGCUGCUCACAUUGCUGCACAGAAGGCAGCAGCAGCAAAACUGGCAGCGGCAAAGAUGCAGGCUAGAGGUGUUGUUACUGGAGAGGUUACAACGGUGGAUUCUUCAUCAUCGGAUGAUGAGUCUGGUUCAUCAGGUAGUGGCUCGGAGGACAGUGAUGAUGAUAUGCCAUUAAAGCGAGGUCCAGGUCGGCCGAAAGGCUCCAAGAACGCAUCACCCCGCACUCUCGGGAGCGGGAGUGGUCGUCGGGGCAGGCCGCCGGUCCCGCCGGAACUACGCCAGCCUGGCAUAACUGAUAUGAAAAAGUUCUGCAAAGCGGCUGGCAUUAGAUUUGAUUAUAAGAAACUUGUUGAAGGAUGCACAAAGAACAAGGAGCGUGUGGCUAAGAUGUUGGAUCUGCUGACAGCUGCGGGUCUUGAGGGGAAGCCGACGUUGGAGAAAUGUAAAGCGUUAAAACAAGCUAAGCUAGACAAGAGAGAACAAGAGAAACUGGCAAGGAAAGAGGCACGCGCCAAACAUAAAGAUGAAGACGAGGUGGAGAGUGAGUCUUCAGCUCGCCGCAUGACGCGAGGCGCGACGGGCGUCAAGCCUAGGCAGCGUAUCGUGAUAUCUUCAGACGAGGAGGACGGAACCCCGGCCGCGAGGCGCACACUGUCCAAGCUUAGAGAGAGAGUCGACGACGACUCGGACUCUGACUAG